AUGGCCUCACUUACCAAGGCACACCUGCAGCGCCAGGCCGAGCAGCUAGUCGACUUUGUCAACAAGGCCCCUAGCCCAUUCCACGCCGUCGACGUAUGCCGCAACUGGCUGCGAGGCGCUAACUUCACUGAGCUCAAGGAGAAGCAGAGCUGGGAGGGCGCCAUCAAGCCUAACGGCAGAUACUACUUUACGCGCAAUGGCUCCUCUAUCGUCGCCUUUGCUGUCGGAGGCAAAUUCCGUCCUGGAGGCGGCAUUUCUAUCGUUGGUGCGCAUACGGAUAGUCCUUGCUUCAAGCUCAAGCCUGUUUCCAAAAAGACCAGUAGCGGGUUCCUCCAGGUGGGCGUCCAGGUCUAUGGCGGUGGCCUAUGGUAUACCUGGUUUGACCGCGAUCUCAGCAUUUCCGGGCGGGUGAUGGUCCGCGACAGCGCCGGGGGCUACACCCACCGCCUUGUUUCGCUCGAGGAUCCAAUCAUGCGCAUUCCGUCGCUGGCCAUCCACCUCGAUCGCACAGCCAACGAUGCAUUCACCUUCAACAAGGAGACGCAUCUGGUCCCCAUUCUGGCUACCGUCUCCAAGGCGCUUAACGGCAACCAACAGAACGCCGACGAGAGCACACCCGACCAAUCGAGCCUCGCCCAUCACCCCAUCCUGCUCGAGCGCAUCGCCAAGGAGCUCAAGGUCAAUGUCGAUGAAAUCGCCGACUUUGAGCUGUGCCUAUACGACACGCAAAAGGCUGUGAUCGGUGGUAUUUGCAAAGAGUUCAUCUACGCCUCUCGCCUGGACAACCUCAACUCGUCGUACUGCGCCAUCGAGGGUCUGAUCAACAGCCUGAGUGACGAAAAGGCAGCCGCCAAUGACACGCACAUCCGCAUGGUUGCCCUGUUUGAUAAUGAGGAAAUCGGUUCGACCUCCGCCUACGGCGCUAACUCAUCGCUGAUCGAGUCCGCCAUCCGCCGCAUCCACGCCAGCUUCCCCGGCGCCUCGUCCACCGCCUUUGAGGAAUCCAUUGCUAACAGCUUUUUGAUCUCCUCCGAUGUCACCCAUGCGGUGCACCCGAACUACUCCGAUAAGCACGAGAGGGACCACCGUCCGGAGCUGCAGAAGGGCCCGUCGAUCAAAGUUAACGCCAACCAGCGCUACGCCACCACCUCGGUCACAUCGACCAUUCUCAAGGACAUUGCCAAGAGAAACAACAUCCCGUUGCAAGAGUUUGUCGUGCGCAAUGACUGUGCUUGCGGCUCAACUAUUGGCCCAAUGAUGAGCUCCAACCUUGGCCUGCGCACUGUUGAUAUUGGAAACCCACUUCUCAGCAUGCACAGUAUUCGUGAGGUCUGCGGAACUGAUGACGUUGGAAUGUCCGUCAAGCUGUUUGAACAUUUCUUUGCCGAAUUUGCUGCGCUUGACGCCAAAAUCACUGUUGACUAA